AUGGCUUCUCCUCCGGCGCCCCUUGUGGAGAAUGGCGGCGCAAGCGACGCAGAGCAACCCGCGCCCGCCACUCUAACUCGACGCGACAGCACUUCUCAGCGGAGCGAUAAUUCACAGACUGCAGCCGAUAUACUCCGGGAGCAGGAGCAGCUAGAGGCUGAUGCGCGCGAAGCCCUGCCAUACAGCAUCUCAAACUGCACCAAGGACCUCGGAUCCCUCCGUCAAAAUGUGUAUUCCUGUCUUACAUGCAACCCGCUUCCCGCAAGCCCGACCGAUCCCUACAAUGGCGCAGGAAUCUGCUACGCGUGUUCAGUACAAUGUCAUGGCGAACAUCAGCUCGUGGAGAUAUUUAGCAAGCGCAACUUCACCUGCGAUUGUGGCACGACACGCCUGCCUGCAACAAGCCCAUGCACCUUGCGCCUGAAUCCUAAGACCAGUACCAAAGGCGACGUCCAUUCAGAGGAGCCGGCUCCCAACAACAAGUACAACCAGAACUUUCGCAAUAGAUUCUGCGUCUGCGAGUGCGACUACGAUCCUUUUCAACAGAAGGGAACCAUGUAUCAAUGCUUAGGACUGGGCACACACGAGACAGGAGGCUGUGGCGAGGAUUGGUAUCACCCCGGUUGCAUCAUGGGUCUCGGGCCUAGGUGGUACGAGAAGAUGGAGGGCAAGAAGCCCCAGCCGACUGCGAAUGCUGAGGGUAGUGCACUGCCUGCAAUUUCCGAGGUCGCUGAGACAGAAGGUCAGGAGGGAGCUGGCGUCCCAGUACCGGCCACGGCCAACGAAGCUGGAGACGAGGAGGAAGAGGAAACACCAAAUCCUACCGGAUUUCCUAAAGAUGAGGACUUCGAGACCUUCAUUUGCUUUAAAUGUGUCGAAACCUCGCCCUGGAUCAAGCGAUAUGCAGGCACUCCAGGGUUUCUCCUACCGGUGCAUUGUAAGUCCGAGGGAGACGUCGGACAACAACCUGUCUCGGAAGCUGCCCCUGGUGACUUGAGCAAAAAGCGCAAGGCUGAGGACGACGGGACUGAAAAUUCACAAGAGUCCAAGAGACCCAAGGCGGAGGCGGAGGCGGAGGCGGAGGCCACCAACGACGCCGUUGUUGAGACCAAACCCGAAGAUCACAGCACGGCCGUCGAGGACGCCAAGAUCGAUACUGAGGCAGAGUUGUGCAAGUACGAUGCCUUGCCUUCAGUGCCCGAGGGAACAUUUUCUUUGUUCUGCGCCGAGUCAUUCAGAGAUCGCCUCUGCAGAUGCGCCAAAUGCUUCCCCAACCUCUCACCACAUCCCCAACUCCUCGAGGAAGAGGAAGUGUAUGAACCUCCCGUCUCAGAGGAUGGCUCGGAGAACGGCGGCUCGACCCACGGCAGUGGCAGCCUGUAUGAGCGGGGCGAGAGUGCUCUGCGCAACGUGGACCGGGUGCGCGCCAUCGAGGGCGUUAUGGCCUACAACCAGCUCAAGGAUAAGCUAAAGCCCUUUUUCCAGCAAUUUGCGGAGAGCGGGCAGGCCAUCAGCGCCGACGACAUCAAGGAGUAUUUCGCGAAGCUGCGCGGUGAUGAUGAGGCUAUCAAAGAGGCGGGUGAGUCUGCGAAGUCAGACAAUCGGCGCGAACAACCUGGUUAUUGA